AUGUCCGAGCUCUCAACUCUCUGUGGCAUCAAAACGUGUGGGGUUAUCUACAGUCCGUAUAACCCAGAACCUGAGGCUUGGCCAUCAAGAGAAGGGGCUGAGAGAGUGAUCUCGGAGUUUCUGGAGGUUCCGAUAGAAAAGCGGAGGAUGGUGACUCAAGAAGCAUUGUUGUGUGAGAGGAUCGCCAGAGAGCAAAGGCAAUUACAAAAAUUGCGUACUGAGAAUCGCGAUUCUGAGAUGCAGAAUAUUAUGUUUGGCUUUCUCAGAAGAGAGAUUGAUGUGCCUAACCUCGGUGAAUUGAAUAUCCCAGAUUUGAUUUCUUUUAUUGAUAAGUAUAUCAAUAAACUUACUUGCAGGGCCAAGCAACUUAGGGAGAAUGGUGAAUCUUCUUCGUCUUUACCUCUUUCACGUCCUCCUGUUGCUCCAAAUUCAGUUGUUAUCCCAGUCGAAGAUAAUGAUCAUAAGAAUCAUAAUCAGCAGAAUUUGAUUCAACGCCAAAAUGAUUUUCGUCAAGUUCCACAAAAAAUUCAUAAAUUUAAUAUGAAUAUGAAUGUGAACUUGGAUUUGAGUUUGAAUUUAAAUUCGAAUUCGAACCGAAGAAUGAUUUUGGAUUUGAAUCAAAUUCCUAAUGCGGAAGAGCAUGAAGACAUUCCUUCCAUGGAGGGGAGCAACCCACCAACCUAA